GGUAAGUGUGAGACCCACACGGGAUUUGUGGCGACCUCCAGACCUGUGCUGAGGCCGUCAGCUACUGUCUCAGGGUUUUGAGAAGUUCAGCAAUGGAGCCUUCCUCCGCUGAUAACAAUUCAACUGACCUACCCUCACAGCCCUGGUACGAACCCCAAGUCAUUCUCUCCAUGGGCAUUCUCAGCCUCACUUUCUUACUGGGGUUGCCAGGCAACGGGCUGGUGCUGUGGGUGGCUGGCCUAAAGAUGCAGCGGACAGUGAACACCGUUUGGUUUCUCCAUCUCACGCUGGCCGACUUCCUCUGCUGCCUCUCGUUGCCCUUCUCCCUGGCUCACUUGGCGCUGCAAGGACACUGGCCCUAUGGCUGGUUCCUGUGCAAGCUCAUCCCCUCCAUCAUCAUCCUCAACAUGUUUGCCAGCGUCUUCCUGCUGACUGCCAUUAGCCUGGAUCGUUGUCUUUUGGUCCUCAGGCCAAUCUGGUGCCAGAAUCACCGCAAAGUGGGGACAGCCUUCGCUAUCUGCGGAUGUAUAUGGGUGGUGGCUUUUGUAAUGUGUAUGCCCGUGUUCAUGUACCGGAAAACAUUCGCUGUAGAUGACCAUUACAUGUGUGGCUACAAUUUUAGUCCCUACAGCUCCUUUGGUUAUUCAGACUUCACCAGUGAUCUACUGGAAAAUGGGUCUCUUGACAACUCCACUGUGCACCUGCCUGGAGAGAUGGGUGAGGGAUUAGAGUCUUUCUCUUUACAAACAAAUGAUCUUCCUUGGACAGCCACCACUAUCCUCUAUUCUCAAACAUUUCAAAGACCUUCUGGAGAGUCACUCCCUGUGGAUUCAGCUAAAUUAUCUAGUCAAUAUCCAUAUUAUAAUUUUCUUGCUAGUAAGGUCUCAUCUAUAAGCCCCAGUGGGUUUCCUAUUGAAGAUCGCAGAACUAACCCACCAGAUAACUCUGAUAGUUUUCUCUCUACCGAUUUAGAGCUUUACUCUGGUACUUCCAGCAACUCCUUAUACACAUAUGAGCUAUUCCAAAAUCUCCAGGAUCAUGAUCUAGGCCAGUUUUCAUACAACAAUCAAGUACUAACACCCCUGAUGGCAAUAACCAUCACUAGACUAGUGAUGGGUUUCCUUCUGCCCUUUAUGGUCAUGAUGACCUGUUAUGGCCUCAUUAUCUUCCGAAUGCGACGCGGCCGCUUCACCAAGUCUCGGACCAAAACCUUGCGAGUGGCCGUGGCUGUGGUGGUUGUCUUCUGUGUCUGCUGGGCUCCAUACCACAUUAUUGGAGUCCUAUCAUUGUUUUUUGACUCAGAAACUCCCUUUGGAAAAGCUCUGCUGUCUUGGGACUACGUGUCCGUUGCUCUAGCAUCUGCCAAUAGUUGCUUUAAUCCCUUCCUCUAUGCCCUCCUGGGAAAAGAUUUCAGGAAGAAAGCCAAACAGUCCAUGAAGGGCAUUCUGGAGGCGGCUUUCAUUGAAGACUUCACACACCCUACCAGCUGUCCCCAAAGCAAAGUCUUUUUGGAAAGAAACCGUAUCAGUACACCUGUGUGAAGAUACGGAGCUGUGGACCCAAGCCAAGGUUCUUAGGUAUUCACCCAGUGUGACAUGUUUCUGAAGCAACGAGUGGUAUUGUGAGCAGGGGAUUCCAGAAGCCAUCCAAGAAUCAGUCCAUAGGUUCUCAAAGUAUGGUCUGAGACUAGAAGCAUCUGCAACACCUGGUAAUUUGUCAGAAUCACCUAGAAACUUGCUGAAUCGGAAUCUCCGGGGGUGAGGCCCAGCAAGUGUUUUAAUGAACUCUCAUGUUUCUGAUGAAUGCUAAAUUUGAGAAUCGUCCCCCAAAUUAGUCUAUUUCUAUCCCAAACUAAGCCAGUGAGAUCAGGGAGAACCCAGUCUGUUUUAAAAUGAUUUUUCCAUCAUGAACUUUUUUCUUUGGGAGUGUCCAAAUCCCCUCCCAGAUGCAAUUUAAAACCAUUUUGUCUAAUCUCACAUGAGUGAACAAUGAUCGUCUCUUUUUGGCUUUGUUGUGGGGGUGGUGAUGUUUUCAAAUGAAAACAAGGUGCAAAAAGACAAUGUCCACGAAAACAAGCAGUUAUGAGAUGCAGUCUGGAGCACAGUACAAUGUCAGAUGUUUGCUAUGUGCAAUAUUCCUGGAUACGGGACAUGGGAAUUCCACGUUUCCAUUAUUACAACUGAAUAGGCAUCUACUAUGUAAAGACAGGCUACUAAGGCAUCUGAAAACGUACUCAUAAAAUGGCACGUAAGCUGUGGUUUGGGGAGUUUUCUAUUUGUUUACUUAGUCUGCCUUUUGAUAGAACCAUCUCUCUUCCAUUCCCUUUCUUAAGCUCCUUUAUUCCCUUAUUUCUCCCCUACCUCUAAAUCUUCUUCUGUAUUAGACUUUGUGCACCUAAUAACCUCUAAUUUCUUAAGAUUCAAAUUGCUCCCCUCCUCUUGCUUGAAACUAAUGUUCCCUGAGAAACUCAUUUCCAGUGAGAAGAGGAGGGUAGAGGAUGGAGCAGUAACCCUUGAAUUCACUGCACAGCGACUGAGUACCCUCCAGGAAUACUGUCAAACUUUGUAAAGCACGGCUACGCUUGUGUAUCAUUCACCAAGUAUAUCUUUGGGUUUUUGAAAUGAAUUUUUAUCUUUCCCAAAGUAAUAGAUGCACAUAAUUUAAAGAGAACCCAAGGCUUAUAAUGAAAUAUAAAGUUUCCUGCCCCUCUCUGCCCAACCAAUCCCUCCUCCCACUCCCAUCUCCCAGAAAUAACACUUGCAACAAUUUUAGACAUUUCUUCUGAUAUUUACCAUGACAAUCAUGUGCUUAUGCAGCUAGUUUUCAUAUACACGAUAACAUCACUUCUUGUCUUGAAAGAUUAAUUUUAUCCACAUUCAUAUUUUUUACUUAUCAUCAUCCUAAUAUUCAUUAAUCACCGUACUUCAGUUGGCUCCUGACCACACUU